UGGGCUGUGCAUUUGUGGUGAAUCUUUGAUAAACAACAUUGUUCAUUUUUGUUGAGACAGAAAAGAGUAGACGGAUUAUACACUAUAGCUAGCUGUGUAAUUGCAAUGGAGUCAUCACCGCCUUGUUGGGCAUUGAUAUAUAUUUCCCCCACGCCAGAGAAGGACAUCAGCUCACCCCGAGUCACUGCAGCUCUGUCUAGUGUCAAUGGAUAUGUGUCAAGUGAUGUGAUUCAAGGAUCUAACGAGAGACUGAUAGCCUGCAGUUAUGUGGGCAGUCAAGAACAACUUUUCAGUAACAUCAAGUCUACAGUGAAGAAGGACUGUGGUUUGGAAGUGUUUGUGUGCCCCUGCAUUGAGAACACCAGUCAUGGUGCUCUGAUUCAGGUGGAAGGUAUGACAUGCAAGUCUUGCGUAAGGCUUAUCGAGAGCACCCUCCCAACACAAGAUGGAGUUAUCGGGGUCACCGUCUCAUUGGCCAAUAAAGAAGCUUUUGUUGUGUACGAUGCAGAGAAGACGAAUGCCAACGAUAUCUCUGGUGCUAUUUACGAUAUGGGCUUUGAUACAGAAAUCUUAACAACUUUCACCAGUCUUUCUAAACCCUAUCUUGAUUGUACCGAUCAACCAAAUUCUGUUAGAACGCCUUCCCCUGUUGUGGCAGUGAUCCCUGUUGAACCUGUAAGCACCAAACUACAGACGUCUUCUUCAAAACCAGGUGGCUGUAAAACAAAAGUUGACAGUAUUGGCAUUGAUGGUAUGACAUGCCAGUCGUGUGUGGGCCUGAUUGAGAGCACUGUGGGGGAACUCCCUGGAGUGAUGAGCAUGCAGGUGUCCUUAGAAUGUAAGGAGGGUGUGGUGGAGUACAACGAUGCUGUAGUCUCGAGAGAACAGAUCAAGGAGGCCAUAGAUGAUAUGGGAUUCAUUGUCACAUAUGUUACAGCCAGUCCUGUUACGUCUGUGGGUGUUAAAGUAGUUCCCAAAGAGUCCUCGCUGUCGGGUAGUGAGAGUGAUACAGCUGGUAGUGACAAUCCUCUGCUCAGCAAAAGAGACGAGUGGAAUGUUGAGAUGAAAGAGAGCAAGAAAUUUUUCAGAAAAAAGAAGCAGAAACCAAGUUCUCCCAAACGUGUUCCCCCAAGGAUUCAAAGAAGUCGUGAGAUGAGCCCCCACAGAAAGAGGGUCCAGGUUCACAUUAGUGGUAUGACCUGCUCCUCCUGUGUCUCCAAGAUAGAGAAAGAGCUGGUAAAGAGGCCAGGAGUCCACUCGGUAGUGGUGGCUUUGCUGUCAGAGAAGGCUGAGAUCCAGUACGACCCGGAGCAGACUGACCCAGAGAAGCUGGUCAAGAACGUCUCUAGUCUGGGCUUUGGGGCAAACCUCAUUGCAGAUCAAGAUGGAUACCAGCAGGGGAAGAUCAACUUAAUCAUUGAAGGUAUGACCUGCUCCUCAUGUGUGCACAUGAUAGAACGCACCCUGCUGAGUCAAGUGGGUGUGGAAAAAGCUGUUGUUGCACUCUCCACCUGCAGGGGUCAUGUUGAGUUUGACCCCACCAUCCUAGGGCCACGAGAUGUUGUGCAGAUUGUCAAGGAUGCUGGGUUUGAUGCUCGUGUAGACAAUGAGGGUGGCGCACACACUGGUCUCAGUCACAGUCGCUCUAUUCGCAAGUGGCGCAACACCUUUGUCUUCUCUCUAGUGUUUGCCAUCCCUACCUUAUUAUUUGCUUUCAUGCCCAUCACGUGGCCGGUAAUUGUGCCUGGCCUGACCGUUAAGGAGGUGCUUCUUUUCACCCUAUCCUCCAUAAUACAGGUCGUCGGAGGGUACCAGUUCUAUGUGGCUGCAUACAAAUCCCUGCGUCACUGUGCUGCUAACAUGGAGGUACUCAUCGCCCUGGCAACCACUAUCGCCUACGUCUAUUCAGUGAUAGCUCUGAUCAUAGCAAUCACAGUGACCCACCAAGAAACAAAGACGUUCUUUGAGACCCCACCCAUGCUCCUGGUGUUUGUUUCCCUUGGCCGCUUUCUGGAGAACGUUGCUAAAGGGAAGACAUCCGAGGCUCUGGCCAAACUUAUGUCCCUCCAGGCCACAGAGGCCAGACUCAUCAAGAGAAACGAUGAUGGCUCUAUUGAAGAGGAAGAGCUGAUAUCAGUGGAGCUAGUUCAUCGAGGAGACACUAUCAAGGUGGUGCCUGGAGAGAAGAUCCCAGUGGAUGCCACAGUCAUAAGUGGUUGCUCAAGUGUGGACGAGUCACUCAUCACUGGUGAGGCUAUGCCUGUGAACAAGAAGCAAGGGGAAACUGUCAUUGGAGGGUCGCUCAACCAGAAUGGGGUGCUCUAUAUUGAAGCUACCCACGUAGGCUCGGACGCCAUGUUGGCACAAAUCGUCAAAUUAGUUCAAGAGGCCCAGACGUCUAAAGCACCCAUCCAGAGGAUAGCUGAUCGAAUUGCUGGCUAUUUUGUUCCUGCCAUCUUGGUCCUGGCUGCCAUCACUCUGGCUGUCUGGCUAGCUGUUAUAAUCACUCUGCAACACACCAUGCCACAGGAUCACUGCAACGUGGUGGUCAACCUCUCCAAUGUGACUUUCAACACUGUCCCCACUGGCAAAUGUUACUCCAUCAGUCAGGCAUUCAUCCACGCUAUGGCCGUGCUCCUGAUUGCUUGUCCAUGUGCACUAGGACUGGCCACGCCCACUGCUGUGAUGGUGGGCACUGGUGUGGGGGCCGUCAAUGGGAUACUCAUCAAGGGCGGAGAGCCACUGGAAACCACACACAAGGUGAAGACAGUGGUGUUUGACAAGACUGGUACCCUAACUCACGGGAAGCCCAUAGUGACCAAGGUUCUGUUGUUUGUGUCAGAGAUAGUCUGUCCCAACCACCUCUUUGCCGCCAUUGUGGGUGUGGCUGAAAGCAGUUCAGAACAUCCUCUUGGGGCGGCUGUUGUCAACUUCGCUAAACAGGCUCUGGGUGGUGAAUUGAGAGGAGAGUGUCGGGACUAUGAGGCAGUGCCGGGUCACGGGCUGCGGUGCAUUGUUUGGGGGGUGGACCAGUACUCCAAGUCUGACACGUGGGGAGACACCACGCCACUCAAGAGACUCAUCGUUGUACAGAGUACUUCUUCCCUCUUACCCCAGCAGAGCGAGGGAGCCAGUCCACCUAAGAGCUAUGAGGUGCUGAUUGGAAAUCGAGAAUGGAUGAAAGUGAAUGGUGUAGAUGUUGUAUUGGGAGUGGAAGACAAGAUACAGGAUUGGGAGAGGGAAGGAAGAACUGUGAUCCUGGUCUCUGUAGAUGGUAUCCUUAUCGGCUCACUGGCCAUUGCUGACACUGUAAAGCCUGAGGCACUAGUGGCUGUUCGUGCUCUCAAGAAGAUGGGCCAAAGAGUGGUGCUACUCACUGGUGACAAUAGGAGAACAGCUCAAGCCAUUGCAGCAGAAGUUGGAAUUCACGAGGUUUAUGCUGAAGUGCUGCCUUCUCACAAGAAGAACCAAAUAUCUGCUCUUCAACAAGAGGGGAAAGUGAAGGUGGCGAUGGUUGGUGAUGGUAUCAAUGACUCUCCCGCUCUGGCUCAAGCUGACAUUGGCAUAGCAAUUGGCACAGGGACUGAUGUUGCAGUUGAGGCAGCAGACAUUGUACUAGUAAAGGACAACCUUGUUGAUGUUGUGGCUGCCAUCGAUCUCUCUCGGCGAACAGUUCGUAGAAUCAGAAUGAACUUCCUUUGGGCAGUGGUCUAUAACUUUGUUGGUAUCCCUAUUGCCGCAGGUGUCUUGUCCCCGAUAGGCAUUACACUCGAGCCAUGGAUGGCCAGUCUUGCAAUGGCCUUCAGCUCUGUGUCUGUUGUCUGCAGCUCUCUCCUGCUCAAGUGCUAUAUGAAGCCUAACCUGGAUGAUCCCUGUGAUACGCCUCAGGAUCACUUGCCCUUGCAGUCCAUGUCCAGUCCUAAGCGCAAGGUCUCCUACAAACCAUUUUCCAGUUCCCAUCUCCCACUUCACAAACGGGCACUACUCUGUCUGGGACUGGACCAUCUGGCUGGAACAGGAAUGAGGCUUCCAGUGAAUAGUGAUGUGGAACCUAUUUUACUGACUGAUUACCAUGACAGUAAAGUUUAAGUAUCUGUGAUUAAUUUGAACACUGUAGUUUUUCGAUUCUUGUGUGUGUUCAUUUUAAGUUAGUAAAGCAGAAAUUAAUCUGAAUAUUUAAUUAUUGUGCAUAUCAACCAUGGCUUUACUUUUUCUUG